AUGAAAUGGAUGUUCAAAGAAGAUCACUCCUUAGAACAUCGGUGCAUAGAGUCGGCCAAAAUCCGCAGCAAAUACCCUGACCGUGUACCCGUCAUCGUGGAGAAGGUUUGUGGCUCUCAGAUUGUGGACAUAGAUAAGAGGAAGUACUUGGUGCCGUCUGACAUCACUGUGGCUCAGUUCAUGUGGAUCAUCCGCAAGAGGAUCCAGCUGCCCUCAGAGAAGGCCAUCUUCCUGUUCGUGGACAAGACCGUGCCUCAGUCCAGCAUCACCAUGGGGCAGCUGUAUGAGAAAGGGAAAGAUGAAGAUGGCUUUUUAUAUGUGGCGUACAGCGGAGAAAACACUUUUGGAUUUUAA